AUGUCGGAAGCUUCUGGCGGCACCGAGACACAGGUGCCUACACAGUUGACAAACCUGGUGCCACAGUUUGAUCCUGCUCAACAUGACUUGGAACAAUAUACUCAGAAGGUAGAACUGCUUUCAAGUAUUCGGCCUGCAACGAAGAUGAAUGAACUUAUCACACGUCUCAUACUCGGAACAAGUGGAGCUGCGUUUCAGAAACUACAGCUUCAACGAAGUGAAAUGAUGACUGGAGAUCAGAAAGGUGUUGAACGCCUUGUGACCAUCCUUGGAGGUCAAUGGGGCAAAAUAUCACUGGAGAAGAAGUAUGAAACGUUUGAAAAAGCCAUCUACCGUUGUCAGCAGAGAAAUGAUGAAAGCAAUGACAGCUACCUUGCUAGAGCCGACGUCCUGUGGACAGAACUCUUGACAAGCCAAGUGUCCUUGCAGGAGUUGCAAGCAUAUGCAAUUCUCAGAGGAUCGCAACUGUCAGCAGAGGACAAAAAGCGUGUUAUUUUGGAAUCAGAAGCCACCACCAAGGGAGUGCUCGACAUAUCCAAAGUGAACGCUGCUGUGAGAAUGCUUGGAUCAGGGUUUUUUCAUGAUGUCACAGGUGCCAAAAAGGUCAAAGGGAAGAUCUAUGACAAUCAGGCUCUCAUAGCCGAAGAUGUAGCUGAAUCAGAACAGGUCUUGGUAGCAGAGGAAAGCUUCGAAGAGGACUUCGUUGAUCAGUUAGCUGCCGAGGGUGAUGAGGAUGCAAUCUUAGUUUGUGAGUAUGAGUCGGCCAUGCAGGACACCAUUCAGGAAGAUGAAGAGCUAGCCCAAGCCUACAAUGCAUACACCGAUGCCAGAAAAAGGUUGAGCGAUCGGUUCAAGAACAGGGGAUUCUGGUCUAGCAGUGUUUCUUACAAGGGCAAGUCAAAGGGAUUCAAAGGAAAGGGAAAAGCCAGCAUGAAAGGAAGCCGCAAGAGCUUACAGCAACGGAUUUUUGAAUCCAAUUGCCGCAUCUGCGGCAGGAGGGGGCACUGGAAAUCAGAAUGUCCAGACAGGCCUCGGAACACAACAGGUCAGUUUUCCUCAAACCAGGCACCUACCAUGACGGUGUCAACAAUGCCAGAACCGUUUCCCACCGACGAAACCUUGCUUUUGGAGUUCAUGAUGCUGCCAGAAGUUCAUGAUCAGCCGAUCGAUGAUGCCAGUCAGAGUGAAGCCAGUCUCCUGAGAAAGCAACCGUGCCAAAAUGAGCCAGCCACCGCCGUGCAUUUUGCCGAGAAGCUCGCAAGUGACGAGCAAAUUUUGUUUGCAUCCCAUGGAACACAUGGUAUCCUAGAUACCGGAGCGACCAAAACGGUCAUGGGUAGUAAUCAGGUGUCAGAGCUGCUGCAGCAACUCCAUCCAGAGAUCCGGAAAAGCACGUACAGAUGUCAAUGCAAGAUCACCUUCAGGUUCGGAAAUGAGGGCACGUUGGACAGUCAGCAUGCAAUAGUCAUCCCAAUAGGUCAGGUGGGUCUUAAGGUUGCCAUAGUACCUGGAGGAACACCUUUGUUGCUGUCAAAUUCACUGCUUCGAACCUUGAAGGCACAGGUAGAUGUUUCCCGAAAGGUCCUGGUCAGCCCGUUUCUGAAGAAACCUGUGAGUCUCAACCUCAAUGACAGAGGUCUUUUUCUGGUAGAUAUCAAUGAACUUGCCUUGUCAUCAAGGGCAACAGGACCCGCAGCCGAGACCUUUAUGCACGAUGCACUGGAUGCGAACAUGAGCCUGUCCGAGCGCCUGAGCCGUCUCAGCUCCUCCAAGGGAGAUCCAGAGGAGAUGGAAAAGUUCAAGAUGCUAUCUCUGGAAGAGAUGGGAUCGUCACCCAUCACCUUCGGAAAGGCACAUUUGGGCCGUCCAUAUGCCGAGAUCUGGAAUCAGGAGGCCAAGUGGCUUCAAUGGUUUGUGCGCACCUACGAGACAUCCCAGAAGAUCGAUCACAUGAAACUGCUGCACUAUGUGACUCUCAUGAUCGAGAGGUCCGAGACGGAGACUCCCACAGAGCCUUCACAGAUGCCAGUUCCUCGAACCAAGCCCAAGCCGAAGAGUCAGCCAGCACAGAUGGUGUCAGAGAUAUCGGACGGGGAGGAGGACACGUGGCUAGAGAUGCAGAACCCGCCAACAUACUCCCUGACCGCCAUGGAAUCCGAGAACAUCAUUGCCCUGCAGACACGAAUGAAUCACCUGGAAGGAGCUGUGAGCGAGAUUCUCG